UUCUAUUCUCAUCGCAUCUCUCUCUCUUAAUAAACUUAUAAAAGAAAAACAUAAACAAAAAAAUGGGAAGCUGUUUUCUCUUCUUCGUCGUCGCAGUCGUCUUCAUCUCCUCCUCCUCUUCCGUUCACGCUUGCGACCGUUGUCUCCACCGCUCUAAGGCUUCUUAUUUCUCCUCUGCUUCUUCUCUCUCCUCCGGAGCUUGUGCCUAUGGUUCUCUAGCUACUGGUUUCUUCGCCGGUCACAUCGCCGCCGCCGUGCCUUCCAUCUUCAAAGACGGCGCCGGCUGCGGAGCUUGCUUCCAGGUGCGUUGCGUCGACCCUGCUCUCUGCACCACCAAAGGAACCACCGUCAUGGUCACAGACCUCAACAUCAAGAGCAACCACACCGAUCUCGUCCUCAGCUCCAGAGCCUUCAGGGCUUUGGCCAAGCCUGUUCUCGGCGCCGACAGAAACCUUCUCAGACGAGGCAUUGUCGACAUUCAAUACCAAAGAGUUCCUUGCGAUUAUGGAAACAAGAAGAUGAUGAAUGUGAGAGUGGAAGAAACAAGCAAAAGCCCAAAUUACUUGGCGAUAAAGCUCUUGUACCAAGGUGGCCAAACCGAAGUCGUUGCCAUCGACAUUGCUCAGGUGGGUUCCUCGCGUUGGACCUACAUGACCAGAUCUCACGGUGCCGUCUGGGCCACCGACAAAGUACCCACCGGAGCUCUGCAGUUCAGGUUCAUGGUUACCGGUGGCUACGACGGCAAAAUGCUCUGGUCUCCGAGUGUUCUUCCCGCCAACUGGGAACCUGGAAAGACCUACGACGCCGGCGUUCAGAUCACCGACAUUGCUCAGGAAGGUUGUGAUCCAUGCGACGCUCACAUCUGGAAAUAACUUACUCACUUACUUACUCGCCAACAAUUCUCUUUUCUCUCUUUUUCUUUUUCUUUUACAAUGACAAAGCAGAGCCUCUUUCCUUAUUUAUGGCUUUCAUCAUUUGAUUAACUGAAACAAAGUGUUAAACUAAGAAAGGUUUUAAGGGAUAUAUGUACAAAAGAGGUCUCUCUAUAUAUAUAUAUGUACACCACCAUUCUUUUCUAUC